UGUCUCGACUGCGUGGGUUUCUCUAUCUGUUAAACUGUACUACUCGGGCUGGACCUGUCUUGACUACAGGUGGAAUGUGCUCGUAGUAAUUAUCAUUUCUAAAAAUAUGGAGCCUCCAGACUUCGAAAGUAUGAACUUCACUGUGAAGCUCGUUGAGAGCACAUAUCCUGUAUGUGACAAAUGGAAAGAAGGCUCCGAGGGUUCCGUGUAUCACCUCGCCCACAUCUUUCUCUUUCUCGGCUUCAUGGGUGGUAGCGGAUUUUAUGGACAGCUUUAUUUGUUCACUUUCCUGACUCUGGGCUUCUUCUGUGCCACUCUCUGGGCUUGGACGGACCCCUGCACCACUGACGCGUUCCUGUGGUGUUUCGCGCUCUUCGCGGUGUGCUUGGGGCAGGUUCUCCUUGCUGCUUACAGACUCCAGAGAGUGUCUUUUAAAAGGGACUUCCAGGAGCUUUACAACUGCCUGUUUAAAAAGCUUGGGGUCUCACUUUCACAAUUUGGGAAAAUUGUCGCUUGCUGUGACGGAGACAUCCACACCAUAGAGAAGGACCACUGUUUCGCCAUCGAGGGGAAGACGGCCAUUGACAAGCUGUCAUUGCUCCUGUCUGGCAGAAUCCGAGUGACAGUUCAGGAUGAGUUUCUGCACUACAUCUAUCCCUUGCAGUUUUUGGAUUCACCAGAAUGGGACUCACUCAGGCCAUCAGAGGAGGGUGUAUUCCAGGUCACCCUGUCUGCUGAUAACCCGUGUACAUAUGUGUCAUGGAGGAGGAAGAAACUCUAUCUUCUUUUUGCCAAACACCGCUACAUAGCCAGGAUCUUUGCCCUGGUUGUGCGGAAUGAUAUUGCAGAGAAGCUCUACUCCCUUAACGACAAGGCAUUCGACUGCUCCGGACACCGCUAUGAUCUCCGCUUACCGAGUUACUGUCACAUGCCACGGACUGAAUUAGAAACGACAGAUGCCCCCUCAAAAGUCCCAGUGCAGGAAUGAUUGCUUGGCCACACAAAUACUGCUGCAGGCCUGACACACCUUCACAUUUUCAGACUGCGAUGAGGAUUUUUAGCAGUUUCAUUGCAGUAAUGUUUUUCUAAACACUGCACAUAGGGACAUGCAAGCUGCAUAUAAUGUAGGUGUCUGGAAUAUAUUGGUCAAAACUAGAGGUGGGCCGAUAUUUGAGCCGACAUUCAUUCACAGCAACGUUGCCAGAAGUUGUGGCGUGUAGAUGACUGGGACGUUUAUUACAGUUUUAAGAAGUCUGCUGCCUUAAAGGUCAUCUUAAAUUCUUAAACACACAUCAAGUGGGGAAAUAGCACAUAUUUGUUACAUAAAAUACAUAUAAAUGUCGUAGAUUAGUCAAUUAGUUUUCAAAAUAAUAAACUUUAAAGACCCUAUUCUCUGUAGCCCCUCAAGCUGUGACGCCAAAGCAGCAAGGCUUCCUGCAAGGACGCCUGUCGACAUAUUGUUUUCUGUGUAAUCGCCUCUAAACCUAACGAGAGUGAGCACAUUUUUUGGAAGUUUGGAGAAAAUGCCAAGACUUUGUGUUGCAGGAGUACCAGUAAUGGCACGGCUCACGGUGUUCAUCUUUUUAAUUGGUCGAAAGACGAAAAAGUUACGAAGAGCUGUACAAAAUAAGGUGCCAUCAAAAUGGUCAUUGGUGCAUCGGUGCAUUCCAACGAUGAUUGCGUCGAGGAAGUUUGCAGUGUUGAGUGCUGGGAUACAAACAUAUCGGCGCUAGUGAGCUGCUUAAAAGAUUUUCUCCUCUCCACCGCUUCUGCAUGCAUGCAAGGGUUGCCCUGCUCAUUGGCUGUUACCCGGGACAAGACUCUGCAUGUAACCAAUCAGAUGGUGCUGUGGGUGAGACAAUGUUGGAGACAGAAUUGCAGACAGAGAGGUUCGCAUCUGAGCCAAAAUAACCCAGUUUUAAAUUGAUCUCUUAUCGGCCGUCAGAUUAAAAAAAAAAGGCUGAUUCCGAUAUGUGUCAAAAUGUCGAGUAUCGGCCGAUAAUCACUAUUGUAACCUGCAGGAUGGUAAUGGUUUAGUCUAUUUCAACUGUGUUACAUUGAAGUACAUCACGUUUACACUUUCGCAAGUCAACAUGUACAAAAAGGAGCAGGAAAAAGCAGAGCUCAUUUAAUCCUACCCUUUCUUCGUGGCUCAGCAGGUACUGAUAGUUGUUCACUUCCUGUGUUUAACAUGUACCAGGUUGCCGUUAUCUCAACUGGUGGGUCACGGAGAAGGUCAUGGUGUCUUUUAAAAAAAAAAAAUGUGUAAAGACCCAAUGCCCGUGAACGCAUUUUGCAUCUUGUGCUAUUCGCUUGCUAUGCCUCCACGGGGGUGUGUGUGUGCCAUGUUUAUGGGCGACUUGGUCAAGCUUCAGCGGGAGGGGAAAGACACCGAAUGUGGACUUAAUGCGCCAUCUGUCCGACACACAGCUAGAUAGCCGGAUAUGUGCUGGAGAAGAGUGCUGCAUAAAACAAAAGCUCACGUUGUGUUGCGUGGGGAAAUCCUGCCCACAAUGCAAACAAUACUCCGUUAUACCAGAGUUAUACUCCGGAGCGAUUUCUAAUUUUUUUUUCACACUGGCAGCCAUGAGAGGGCGCUCUAGGCUUGUGUGCCGGUAUCUGCUACUCCGAUCGCUCCUGUACCACUGAAAAUGUACAAUGUAAACAUCGGCUGAUAAAGACAACUGAGAAAGACAGAACAAAAAUGCCCCCAAAAAGAAAAUCAUAUUCUGCAGACUACAAGUUGCAAGUACUGCAACAGCCUUUUUACAUUUCAAAUUAAAAUAAAUAAAUCAAAUGUUUUAAAUAAGAUAUUUGUGACGUUUACGUAAAAAAAAAGUUCAGUAAUUUGGGUCGCUGCUUGUUAUUGAAGGGUGAUGGUUGGUCCCGCAGCCAAACCAGCUGAGAACCACUGGUCGAAAGAGUGUGAAAUAGUAAAGUCAGUGGAUUUUGUAGGUAGCUUGUUCAGUAAUAAAACAAUAAUUGUAAGAGUAAAGUUUGACAAACAUUUUAUAAUAAUAAAUAAGUACGGGAGUUACAACUGACAGAAACAUAAAAUGAAUCAUUCAAAAUAUUUAAAGCCAGUGCACCAUCAAAAUGAUUUUACAGCUCUAUUUUAUCAUGAGAAUUAUGUUUCAGGCUUAAAAGUCUUGAAACUGUCACAAGUUAGCCCUUUAUAUGCGGAGAGAGUAAUAUGGGGAGAGAAAUGAUAUGUAUAAUUUAGCUGGGAGAGCAAGAUAGACAAACAGGUUUCCUUUCAUUGAUGAUGCCUCUGCCACAACACUAUUUCUAUAUAUUUUUCAUAUCAUGAUUGUCUUCACUAAGGAGAUCAUGUUUGAUUUGUUUGUGGGAUUGAGAAAAAAACAUAUGCACAGUACACUUGUUUAAAUAUUUAAUUCAUCCCGACUAACUUGAAAGGUGAUCUUGAAAAUUGCUCAAACUUGACCUUGGAAAGCGGUGUGUAACGCCAAUAAGUCGGUCACACAUUUAACAGUGAACUUAAUGUUUGUUAACAAAAUAUGACAAAAGAAUUGAAAUGUCAGCAAGACUUCUAAACUUGGCAGACACAAACACUGAAUAACAUUUAACGUUCCAAAAGUGUUAUUAAUUGUUGCAUUUGGUUUUACCUGUAUUGUUGGUUAUACGCAUUUAAAUGUGUUGGUAAACAUAAUUUAAUUUAUCUACUUGUUCGGGCAUGGAACCUGUAAAUAUGGUCAUAUUUUGUGUUUUAGUAAUGUAAUCACAUGACGCUGUGUGUGUUUUGUGUAACUCUUCAUCAUAUAAAUGAUAAUAUAACGUAGAUUUGUACAAGCAUAAUAGCAAUCAGUGGAUAAUAUUGUGUUCUUCUAUGCAGUGUUUUAUAUUUCAUGUGAAAAUAUUACAAUUUAAGUUAAGAAAAUCUGAAAUGUAAUUGCUGAAUAAAUACAU